GGGCGGUUUGGAGCACCACAGACCGCGGGAAGAUGGCGGAAUGCGGACUGACGGAUGAGGACUUGUCGCUGUUCGUCUUCAACUACCUGGCGGAGGGCGCGGAGCCACAGUCCGGCUGUGGCGCGAGCGCUGAGGACCGCCUGUACUCCGACUUCCCGGAGAUCGACCUCUCGCAGCUCGAUGUGAACGACCUGGACACGGGCAGCUGCCUGGGGGAGCUGCAGUGGGACAGCGAGCAAUCAGACAUCAGCUCCAGUCACUACAGCACUGACGGCUCUGAGCUCUUCCAGAUCAUAGAAGAGGAGAAUGAGGCAUUACUGGCGGCUCUGACAGCCACUCUGGGGGACAUCGCUGUGGACGAUGUGAGCCUGUCUGCUUUCGGGGUCGAGGCUGAACAACUGGGCGCUGUGUCCUCACCGGCACCUCCUGUCUCCCAGCCUGACGAGGCUUCUCUGUUGAGGAAACUCCUCCUCGCUCCGCAAAGCGCCCAGUUGACGUACGAGCGGCAGAAAGGGAGCCGGGUGUCUCGGCACGGAGCCGGUAAUCGCAAGCCGCAAUCUCGCCGGCCCUUCCUCAAGGAGGAAGAGGGCGGCGGCAAGGCCAACAGCACUUGCCAGCAUCGACCCUUCACAGAGCUCCACAAGUACCUGACUUCAGCUACCUGCCCUCCUCAGUUAAAAGCAGCCGGUUCCCAUCUCAGUAAUACAGACCCAAGCAAUCCAGGGUGGACUACCAGCAUCAUCAGUCACACCACCAGCAAGUCAGAAGAUGUAGGGGUGUCAGCUGAGAGCCAUUGGACUGAAAGCUGCCAGUUUAGCACAGGAGCGGAGUUACACUCAGUAGUUGAGCUCAUUAGUUACAUGCACACCUACUGCCUUCCGUCCGGCUGUGGCGCGAGCGCUGAGGACCGCCUGUACUCCGACUUCCCGGAGAUCGACCUCUCGCAGCUCGAUGUGAACGACCUGGACACGGGCAGCUGCCUGGGGGAGCUGCAGUGGGACAGCGAGCAAUCAGACAUCAGCUCCAGUCACUACAGCACUGACGGCUCUGAGCUCUUCCAGAUCAUAGAAGAGGAGAAUGAGGCAUUACUGGCGGCUCUGACAGCCACUCUGGGGGACAUCGCUGUGGACGAUGUGAGCCUGUCUGCUUUCGGGGUCGAGGCUGAACAACUGGGCGCUGUGUCCUCACCGGCACCUCCUGUCUCCCAGCCUGACGAGGCUUCUCUGUUGAGGAAACUCCUCCUCGCUCCGCAAAGCGCCCAGUUGACGUACGAGCGGCAGAAAGGGAGCCGGGUGUCUCGGCACGGAGCCGGUAAUCGCAAGCCGCAAUCUCGCCGGCCCUUCCUCAAGGAGGAAGAGGGCGGCGGCAAGGCCAACAGCACUUGCCAGCAUCGACCCUUCACAGAGCUCCACAAGUACCUGACUUCAGCUACCUGCCCUCCUCAGUUAAAAGCAGCCGGUUCCCAUCUCAGUAAUACAGACCCAAGCAAUCCAGGGUGGACUACCCAGCAUCAUCAGUCACACCACCAGCAAGGUGAGGCUCAGCACCACGGUGAUGAUUGUCUUAGUAGUGAUGAUGCUAAUGAGGAAUCGAAUUGCUUCAGUGACAGGAUUGGGAAUGGGAAUGGGGGCGGGAAUGGCAAACAAGGACAGGGUGUUCCGCCUUGUUUCGCUCCCAUACAGUCGGAAGAUGUAGGGGUGUCAGCUGAGAGCCAUUGGACUGAAAGCUGCCAGUUUAGCACAGGAGCGGAGUUACACUCAGUAGUUGAGCUCAUUAGUUACAUGCACACCUACUGCCUUCCGGUGAGGAAAUGGCCUACCACCCCGCCUUGGUGCAGCGGGAAGAGAGACAAGUCCGACUGCUCUGUGCUUCCCAACCCCGGCGGAGAGAGAGCGUCUCGAUCCAACGCCUCCGUGUUAAACGCCGUUCCGUGUCAGGCCAUCAGCUCUCCAGCCCCAGAGAGGAACGUAAGAAAGUUUCCCCAAAUGUCGAUGCUGAGGGAGCUGCUGGAGAACAAUAUCGCUCUGGAUGUUAGUAAGCCUUAUCGACUGCACAAUCCUCUCUACCCCGCACUUGUUUACACUGAUUCACCCGCUAACAGACAGCCGGAGCCCGGCCAGGCUGUGCUGGAAAAGGCCAGAAGGGGCUCUGGGAAGAGAAAGACUGAAGCAGGAGACGCGGUGAAGAAGCCAGAGGCUGCCUGUCUGGCCGUGAGACGCUCGUUGAGACUGAACCCUCAGCUCAGCGACGUCCUGAGCUGUAGUGUAGAGGGAGCGUCAGCCAGGAGCUUAGCCAGGGGAGACUCGGGGAAAGCUACAAAGGAGGCCAGGCCGUUGAGGGUUGAGGGCAGGCUUGAGCAGGAGGAGCAGGUAGCGGAAGUUGAGGUAGAUUGUUCCGGAAGGCGACUCUGUGACAGUGGUACCCACAUGGUGUCAGAUGACCGGCUGCCAUCCCCUAACCCAAUGCAAUGGCCCGAGGAGGACGGCAAUGAAGAGAGUUCCUCACCUCCUGACCUUCCUGCGAAUACCUUGAUCCCAUGUUUUCAUAUAGUUGAGGACCCUCGAGCCUGCACUGCACAGGACCUCCCAUUAAAUGCAAACAAGAUGCAAGAAGCCAAGACUAGCAGAAAGCUAGCGAAACCUACAUCCCUGUUACUGAGCCCGGAGUCUGAGAGCGACUCCAAGGAUUCUCCUCUGGAGAAUAAGGCCUUCGAGCAAACACUGAGUGUGGAGCUGUGCGGAACAGCUGGUCUCACACCCCCCACCACUCCUCCCCACAAGACCGCCAGAGACGAUCCCUUCAAGUCAGCGCUGAAGAUCGCCCCGGGCGGCGGGCACGAGGUGAACCGAUCCUUGUCGCCAAAGCGUCUGGUGAAGAAGCAGCUGGAGGACACUGAGCUCUAUGCUUACCUGAGCAAAGCCGCGGUGGUGCCCGCCCAGGGCGACGGCAGGAAGGGGAAACGGGCGUACUCCAGGUGCUUUGGCGACCACGACUACUGCCAACUGUACAGCUCUGAGCCUGAGCCCGACAGGAAGGUCCUGAGACUCUGGGAGCUGCCCAGACACAGCGGUCAGCACAGCCUCAAGGCCAAAUGUGAUCCCUAUGGCGAAAAGAGGCAGAAACUCUCUCCUGCUCACGGUCACGGACCUAACACUGAGCAACUGGAGCAGAACAAAACCCUUUUGGGCCAGAGCAGCAAUAAAAAGACAAUGAAAGACCAAGAGAUUCGGGCCAAGUUGUACCAACACUUUGGUUACCCAGAACAGGCCCUCCCCGAGGAAGAGAAGCAGCAUAUGCUCGAGGACAAUGAGCGAGACUCUGACUCGCAUUACCGUUGCUCAGAUCAGAGGCAGGGGGAGAGGGUGAAGAAGCCUGGUGCUAUCCCUGAGUCUCAGCCUCCUCCACCCUCCGGCUCCUCACAUCCCGACCCCCAGCCGCAGCUCAGGACCACGCUUCCUGCUGACGGCAUCCUGUCAGGCAGGUCAGCACCCAGCCCUCAGCGUAGCCACAGCAGUGGAUCACCACAGUCCAGAUCCCCAGAACGGCCAGAAUCUGUCAGAGACGACGAUGGUGACAGAUAUUUAUUGGAAGGACAGAAUUUGGAGGAAGGUGAAUUCUUUGAGAAAACAAACCAAAGGGACAAGCGGAAUCUAGCCAUAGAUGAACACCGUAUAGUCUACGUGGGGAAGCUAACGUGUGGGAUGACCCGCUCAGAGGUGAUGCGGCGCUUUGAAGCCUUUGGGGAAAUUGAGGAAUGCAAAGUUCUUGCCUGUGAGAAAGGUGACCAGUAUGGAUUGGUCACCUAUCGUUACAGUCACGAUGCCUCCUUGGCCCUGGAGAAUGGGCACGAUUUGCAGAAGCAGAACGAUCCUGCCCUACAGCUAUACUAUGGAGCUCUCAGGCGCUUCUGCAAAGCCAGUUACACUAACCUGGAUUGCAGUGCGGAGGAUUUGGAACCCGCUCCCGUUAAAAGCAAAUACGACACGAUGGAUUUCGACAGCUUGCUGAAAGAGGCACAGAGAAGCUUGACAAGGUAACAGCCUUACUUACAUCCACCGCCUACAGAGGAUACCACAAUACCUCAAUCAAGGCACUUUUCCUUUGUUUACCUCUGUCCGGUAGAAAAACAGGACACUAGUCCUUUUACAAGCGAAACAAAAAAAAAAUGAAGUUUACAUGAACUAAAAGCUGCUUCUGUCUGUGGUUCUUUGGGGUAGAUAGAUGUCAGAUGUCAGACGUGCAGACGGGUUUAGUAAAACCGCUGUCCAUUUUUGCUGAUUAUCGUUCCCAUAAGUAUACGUAAAGCAAUAGUGGAGCUGCAGUUGUGAUGGCAAAUUUGAUGUGUGUAGUUUGGGGGACAGUGUUAGGGUAAGAGGAAUCGGGGGGGUAAUCUCGCGGGUCUUUUUGACGUGCUUUCACGUGCUGCAUUUUCCGUUGUAAUAGUUUACACGUGUUGAAACUUUUUUUAUUUUUUUGUUGUAAUUUAUUGUGUGCUUCCGUUGUCUAAACUAUGCACUGUAUCUGUAGCCUUGCCUCUCAGUCCUCAAAAUUUCCUAACCAGAAAUGUUUACAUGUAAUUAUUAUAGAGCUUACUAUUAUUAUUAUAGUGAACUAACAUAUCUAGAUUGACAGAGCUGUACUGUAACUCAUUGGAUAGGUGCAUAUCGAGAGCAAUUUAUUACCGGGUGCAUGGGUGAUAAUUCCAUUCAUUAAUCGAUGGAGUCAUCAGAACGACAUAGGUGUCUUGUCUGAUUAAAGCAAAUUCAGCUGAAUCAUAUACUGCCUAAGAGAGAGAGAGAGAAAG